AUGAGCGGACAGGGCGGCCAAGAUGCCAAGUUCUUUCAGCGAGGCAAGAUUCAGGAAUUCCGCGCCGAGCUGGAGGCGGCAGAGUCGAAGGACAAAAAGUUCUUGAAACGCAAGACGGUCUUGAAGAAGAUCGUCGCGAACAUUACGAUGGGUAAUGACAUGUCUCCGCUAUUCGCCGAUGUCGUGCAAAGCCUGGGAACACCACUGCUGGAGAUUAAGAAGAUGGUGUACCUCUUCCUCGUGUGUUACGGCCGACAGAAGGCCGAUCAGCUCCAUAUGGUCAUCCCCAGCUUUCUCCAGGAUUGCAACGACCGGAAUCCCCUAGUACGGGCACUGGCCAUCCGCACUAUGUCCUACAUCCCUACCCCCGUGGUCACCGAAGCACUGACAGAGCAACUACGACACUGUCUGAAAGACCGGGAUCCCUACGUCCGAAAGACGGCUGCCAUCUGUGUGGCGAAGCUAUAUACCACGGAUCCUAGGACGGCCGAGAAGGAAGGUUUCGUGGAGCAACUAAGAGAUCUCCUGCUGGACACAAACGCGACAGUUGUAGCCAAUGCGGUCGCUGCAUUGUCGGAAAUCGGAGAUCGACAAGACGGUGUCAUCUUUAGAUUGAAUUUGACAGUGGCCAACAAACUAUUGACUGUGCUGGGGGAGAGCUCAGAGUGGUGUUCGAUCUACAUCCUUGAUUCGCUUUUGCGAUACGUCCCAGAGCGGCACGUCGACGCCGAGAUGAUGGCAGAGCGUGUUAUAGUACAGCUCAACCAUGCCAACUCAGCCGUCGUGCUCACUUCCAUCAAAGUGCUGCUUUACCUCAUGAACUACAUGGAGAAUCGUAAAUUGAUGGACUACAUCUGUAAAAAGAUGGGUCCACCACUUGUAACACUACUAUCAUCUGGACCUGAGGUCCAAUACGUCGCAUUGCGCAAUAUUCUUCUCAUCAUCCAGCGAAGACCUUCUGUGCUGAAGAACGAUGUCAAAGUCUUCUUCUGCAAGUACAACGACCCAAUAUACGUCAAAUUGGCGAAACUGGAGAUCAUGUACCGCCUAGCGCGAGAAGAGAAUGCGCGAGAAGUACUAGCGGAGCUUCAAGAAUACGCGUCUGAAGUUGAUAUCGACUUUGUCCGUAAAGCUGUCCGUUCAAUAGGUCGCUUGGCCAUCAAAGUACAGCCAGCCGCAGACAGCUGUAUACAGGCCCUGCUUGACCUCAUCGAGACCAAGGUCACCUACGUUGUUCAAGAAGCUGUCAUUGUCAUCAAGGAUGUGUUCCGACGGUACCCUGGGAAGUACGAGGGCAUCAUUCCCAAGCUUUGCGAGCACCUCGAUCUCCUGGAUGACCCAGAAUCCAAGGCUGCGGUGAUCUGGAUUAUUGGGCAAUUUGCCAACCGCAUCGACAACGCGGACGAGCUGAUGGAUGACCUCACUUAUACUUUCCUCGAAGAACCCACAGAGGUACAACUCGCGCUCCUCACGGCUGCUGUCAAGCUGUUCAUCUACAAGGCAACAUCGGACACCACCAAGUCUCUCGUUCACAAGGUUCUCAAGUGGGCGACGGAAGAGGUUGAUAACCCCGACCUACGCGACCGCGGUUUCAUGUACUGGCGCAUGCUUGCUAUCAACCCUGCGGUGGCGGGCGAGAUCGUUCUCGCCGAGAAGCCCGCCAUAACGACCGACGCAGAUCGGAUGGACCGCGGCGCGCUGGACCAGCUCCUGCUGCACACUGGGACGCUCGGAAGCAUUUAUCACAAGAACCCUGAGACGUUCAUUCGCAACGCAACGGGCAAGGCCCUGGCCGACAGUCCCGCGCUGAACUCGCUCUCUCGCCAGGUUCUGGUCCCCCUUGCGCGCUCCCAUGGUCUACCGAACACGGUGGUUGUCUCUGGCCCCGGCCCCGCCGAGCCUGCGAAGGCGAGCAACGGCGAGCUCGUCGCGACCGACACGAACGGCGCCGCGGCGCAUGACGGCUCUGCCAAGCCCGGGCCGUCGGCGUCGAGUACAUCCCUAGAGUCACCGAUGAUCGGGAACGACGACGACGAGGGCGUGGUGUCACCCCCGGUGUCUGCGGACCCAUACGCGGGGCUGAACAACGCUUUUGGCGGGUACGUGGCAGACGAGCCGCGGCCGCAGGGCCAGGACCUGCUGGAUCUGAUUUAG